GCGAGUGGCACGCCCGUGGCAAGCCCGAGAGCCCGAGAGCACGGCAGGUCAGCCGAGGCCGCGGCCGGCGCCCGGACGACGCGAGUAACGUCACGGCAACGCCAACGGAGGGGUGACGCCGGGAGGAGAGACGUGUUCGGCGCGUGACGAUCGCUAGCAUGCGGCCCGCCCGGCUCCUGCUGGCCCUGGCCUGUGGUGUGUACGGGUACGCCCCAGUGGAGGAUGGAUUUGACGGGCCCGCGGAGAGCCGAGAGAAGCGGCAGGCACUGCUGCCGCCAACCACUGGCGGCGGCGGCUGCGUGGACCCGGCCCUGCUCAACUACCUGCUCUACUACUACCUGGUGCAGGCGCAGAGCGGCCAGGCAGUGACGCAGCAGCAGCAUGAGCAGUCGGACCGGAUGGCGGGCGCGCUGCUGGCGCUGCGCCGACGGCGCGGCACCGACCCGCUGCCCACCCUCAUUAGCACGACGGCCGGCCAGGCGGCGAUGCUCGGGCUGCUGCAGCGCGUUUCCGAAGGCGAUCCGGCUCGUCUUCUCAGUCUGAUGGCCAACAUCCGAAACAGCGUACCAGCCCCGACACAGCCGGGCGGUGCGCCAAUGUCAGGCGGUGUACCGGUGCCGGGCGGUGUGCCGGUGCCGGGUGGCGUGCCGGUGCCGGGCGGUGGACCAGUGGCGGGCGGUGGACAGGUGCCGGGCGGUGUGCCCCUGCUGGCGCCCAGCACCAGCCUGCGCGUCACUACCUCCACGAUCAUCACCACCAUCUUCCUCAGCCGAACGUCGACGGUGGCGGCGCUGCGCGGCGACCAGCCCACCACCGUCGAGCACGUGCACACCGUCACGCACGUGUUGACAGCCACGCGGCUGCAGACGGACACUGUGGUGGUGACGCCGACCGUGGUGCUGCCCGCCUGGAGGCAGGCGAAGGCAGCGCUGGUCGUAGCUCUCUGGCGUUAG